CUUUACCUCAUUUUGGAUCAAAUCCUUAAUAAAUAUUACCUAUCAGCUAAAUUAAACCCACUUCAAUUACAUGCUCAUACUGAUGAGCUUAGAGCUCUGGUUCUAAACAAUAAAAAGAAAAGGCUUACUAUCAAGAAAAGAGCUCAAUAUUGUGCAAAAACUAAAGAUAUAUGGGAUAUUUGGUUAUAUGCUUUAGACUUAGCUGUGCCAAAAAAUAAUACAGAUAAAGCAAUUGUGGCAGCCAGUUCUCAUGUUUUACAAUUUUGUAGAGAGUUAGCAGAAGCUAAAUAUUACAGCCAAAAAUUAAGAAAAAUUAGAGAUAAACAUGCUUCUAGAGUUCAUAGUAAUCAAAAUCCAACUUCACAACAUCUUGAAUUCCUUAGCAGAGUUGCAAUGAGGUAUAAGAUGGAACAUUAUAAUUCUGAAAUAUAUUAUACUGAGGAUGAUACUUCCGAUUCUAACCUUGACACAGAUUCAGAACCUAAACCUGAAGCUCUAGCUCCUACACCCAAGGCAAUUAAUAAGAACAAGUGA